UUUCAGUGUUUUCGUCUCCACCGCAACAGAAAACUCAGCUUCUCACACAAAUCUCACCACUACACUUUCCCAUUCCACUGACUCUCUCUCUCUCUCUGAGAGUUUCACUCAUCAUUUUAUGAAACUCUGCUCCGGGUGACUCUCGGUUUUGUUUUGGCAGAUUUCCUUUUUUUCGCUAGGAAAUCUCUGGAGAAGUAAUUGAUCGUUUUAUGGAAGGUUUCGACCUGUUUCCUUUUUCCCUCGUCCAAGUUAUUUUGUACAAGAACUCUUUGGUUUCUUCUCCUCCACGGAUUUUCUGAUUCUUCAUAUUUUGAGAUCCCUCUGUCUCUGGGAGUCUUCUCUGUUUAGUAUUCUGCUCGUCAAUGGAGAAUAGUCUUUUGUCGUGACCUUUUGCUUUCGAUUUUUGCCUUUUGGUUACUUUUUGGCAGAUUUCUGAUUUGGGUUAUUUUCUGAAAAACGCUACAAGCUUCACUUUGACAAUUCCUUCAACCUUUUUGUUGGACCUCUUUAUUCUUUCUUCUUCACGAGCCUGUCUGCUUUUUUGUUUUUCUUUUUUCCUUUUGAUUUUCCCUCGAUGCGAAUAGAGAGAUUCUGAAAAAAAUUUUACAGAAGAAGAAGAUGAUGAUGAUGGACCAGAGUAUCCUAUGCCCUGUUAAGUACACAGAGCACAAAAACAUCACCAAGAAGUUUGCAAAACCGUCGUCGUUUAACCACAAGGAGGUCACCAAUCAGCACACGGAAGUUGUACACCGAGUUGUACGGAUAUCCAUGACUGAUCACGACGCAACGGACUCCUCCAGCGACGAUGAGGAGGACCCGUUCUUCAGCCGGCAGAGAGUGAAGAAGUUCGUUAACGAGAUCAACAUCGAGCCUAAAAACGACGUCGUCAUUGCCUCAAGUAAGAAGAGGCCCGCCGCCGGUCCUCCCUCUCGUCGCCGGCCGUUAAAGCUUCCCUCGUGUUCUAAGGGAGAAAAUGGCAGGAAGUUCCGUGGGGUACGACAACGGCCAUGGGGUAAAUGGGCGGCUGAGAUUCGAGAUCCCGCAAGAGGUGUCCGGCUCUGGUUGGGAACCUACGAUACUGCUGAAGAAGCUGCCAUGGUGUACGACAAUGCCGCCAUUAAGCUUCGCGGACCAGACGCGUUAACAAACUUCGUCACUCCACCGGCGAAAGAAUCUGAAAAACCAGAGGUUAACACUUCAGGUUCCGGCUACGAAUCCGGCGACGAGUCUCACAACCUAUCUUCUCCGACCUCGGUGCUCAACUUCAGAACCCACUCCACUGACGAAGCCGAACCACAAAAAUCAGCCGAACCGGUUAACGAACCCGAAGAACAAGAGAGCAAGUCUAAUCCUGAACCGGUUCAAAACUCGAGUCAACUCAUGGAUGAAUCGGGUGACUCCAUGCCGAUGGACUUUCCCUUCCUAGACGACUUUUUCAACGAUUCGAUCCCUCCCAUGCCGCUUUUUGACGAGCCAUGCUCCUCGAGUGUGUUCAGUGAUGUGGUCAGUGAUGAGCCAAGUGACAGCGUGUUCCUCGACGCGACUUUUCAUGAUGUCGGCUUCGUCUCGACCUCUUUCGGAGAUUUCGGUACCUCGCCGGCCAUGUUCGGUCAAGUCGACGAUUAUUUCCAAGACAUCGACGAUCUGUUCCUGUCAGAUCCUCUGGUUGCACUAUAAUCGGCUCUUCCACAGACGCGACUUUCUCCAAGUCCCCGCCGAUUUUUCGGCAGAUUUUGUACCGGCCGAGAAAUAACGUUACCGGCCACCUUUUUGCCCGCUUAGUUAUAUUUUAUUUAUUUAAUUUUUGAGAAAAAAAAUAUCUCCGUUAAAACUAACGGAGAAGAAGAAGACUGAGAGUGGAGUUUUGCCCAGUUUUAAGCACUUUUAUUUAUUUUUUAUAUAUUUUUUUUCUUUUUUAGUAUAAAUUAUGGAAAUAAUUAGGCUUUUUAAGGCGUGUAUA